CUCUCUCCCAAAACGAACUAAGCAACUGUCAACACUUACAGAGCAGAGCAGAAGAAGAAGAAGAAGAAUCAAUUUGGAAAAACGAAGAAGAAUAAUUCAUUCACAUCCAUGCAAAGCUCCCUCAAACGGCCCAGAGUUACCGGGGCUUUGACUUCAACGACGGCGACGGAGAUUUUCCCCACGGUUCCGAUUCAAAUUCCGACUCCGAUUCCGUCUCCAACCUCUUUCGUACGCCUCUCCCCCGAACAAGAGCUGUCCGUCAUGGUAUCCGCCUUGAAGCACGUGAUUUCCGGCACGGAAUCAUCCACCAAUGCGACUGCUGAUGCUUUCGGCGUUAAUAAUUCGGCGUCGUUUACCGCUUCGGGGAACGCGGUACUGCCUCCAACGGAGCUGGACACGUGUCAAGUUUGCAGGAUUGAAGGUUGCUUGGGUUGCAAUUUUUUCCCGCCAACUCAGCAGGAUGCAGCUUCGGCGGUGGUGGAGGGAGGAGGUAAUAAGAAAGGGAAGGGAAAAAAGCGGGUGAAGAAGAAUUUCAGGGGAGUGAGGCAGAGGCCGUGGGGAAAAUGGGCAGCAGAGAUCCGAGAUCCGCGCAGAGCCACUCGUGUUUGGCUAGGAACCUUCAACACCGCCGAGGAAGCCGCCAGAGCCUACGACCGCGCCGCUAUUGACUUCCGUGGGCCUAGAGCCAAGCUGAAUUUCCCCUUCGUUGACUACACCUCGCUGCCGCCAGCCGAAAAUGAGCAAACAACCUCGCUCAAAAAACAAAAACAACAGCAAGAAACAGAGAGUUCGAAGAUUAAUGAUGGCGUAUUUUCCACGGAAAUGGAGAGCGGAAAGGGGAAGGAAAUCUUCGAAUUCGGAAAGGGGAAGGAGAAUGAACUCUUAGAAUUCGGAAUCGGCGAAUUAGACUACAUCCAGGAGUGGAUAACGAUGAUGGAUUUCUGCCAUGGCGAUUCUUCAGAUUCCGCCACCACUGCCAACACUCUCAGUUCCUGAAGCUUGAGAUCGUCGGAAUUUCCUGUACUUUCUUGAGAAUUAUUUUUUGAAUUCUCUUUCAAGGAAGAAAAUUUAGUCGCAAUACUACACCGUUUUAGUACUCCUCUAUUUCGUCUCAAGACGAGGUAGUUUAUAUAGUUAACAGGCUGAUCUCCAGAGACAGUUAACUGUACAAUUUCUGUAAUUUUUUAACGGAAUUCUCUGUUUUUGCAAAAAUAAUGAAAGUAUAUUUUUUUGCUAA